AUGGAUGAAAAAGAAAAAAGAAAGUUAGAACAUGAGCUAUCCAAAUUGAGUUUUAACGAAAUUAUUAAUUCAUGCAAGCGCUUGUCAAAUGACCAACUAUUUGAUUUAGAAGAUGUCAUGUCAGAUAGAAUUGUUCGGAAGAAACUAGAACAUGAAUGGUACGAUCCAAAAACAUGCAAAAAUGAUGAAACUGAUAUUGGAGCUGUUGACUAUUGCAUGAAAAAGAUCCAGCUUGCUGCUGAUGUUGUUUUCAGUCCUAUAGGUUUUUCUUUAAUGGUUGUUAUGGUGGAAGCGUUUCUACAGAAUAUAGAAAGAAAAGCUCUUAAUAUAGCUACUAUUUGUACAUGUGAACCAAAAACUUUUGUGAGAUAUGUAGACGACUGUCACGCUCGCUUUAACUCAAUAAAACAACAACAAAUGUUUCUAAAUAUCCUAAACGAACAAAACCCUGCCAUAAAAUACACUGUUGAACUCGAAAACCACCAAAAACAACUUAAAUUUCUAGAUGUUAAUAUUACUAACACAAUGCAUGGAGCUUAUGAAUUUCAAAUACAUCGAAAAGAAACAAUAACUAAUAUUCAACUUAAACCUAAUUCAAACAUCAAUCCUAAUAUUAUCACUGGCGUAUUCAAAGGGUUUUUAUGUCGUGCAAAGAGAUUAUGCUCUCAAAAAUAUCUCAAACAAGAAACUGAUUUUCUAAUAGAAAUGUUUGUUGAAAACGGGCAAAACGAGAACAAUCUAAUUAAUAUCGCCAGAAACUUUCUAAAAAACGAAUUAAAAAAAGCCAAUUAUAAGCCAACUGACAACCAACCAUUUAUAAAACUACCAUGGAUACCAAUCACAAAACUUCCUCCAAAUACAAACCCAGGCGUCUACCAACUAAAAUGUUCAUGCAAUUCUAUACACAUUGGAGAAACUAAGAAGAAAGUUAUAUCGAGAUGUAUUGAACACCAGCAAAAUAGUGUUAAAGGAAAAUGGGCCAGUUCAGGUGCUACCGAACAUUCCAAAUCAUGCCAGGGUACAUUUGAUUGGUUACAUCCCAAAACCAUAUCAUUCGCUCCAGAGUAUCAUAUUCGGAAAAUUCGAGAGUCACUAGAAGUAAACAGAGCUAAAGUUCGACAAAAAAUUGGAAGUGAUGAAAAAGUUUUAAAUAGGGAUGGUGGUGAUUACGUGACGACAAAAACUUGGAGGCCAUUUUUUGUUAGAUUAUUUGACGUCAACAUUUAA